ACCCAAACCCUAGAGACGCAGAAGCCUCUGAAAAAUGCCGGCUGGACACGGUCUCCGUUCCCGGACUCGCGAUCUGUUCUCGAGGGCCUUCAGGAAGAAGGGGUACAUCCCACUCUCCACCUACCUGAAGACCUACAGGAUCGGCGACCAUGUCGACGUCAAGGUUAACGGCGCCGUCCACAAGGGUAUGCCCCACAAGUUCUACCACGGCCGUACCGGUCGCGUCUGGAACGUUACCAAGCGCGCCAUCGGUGUCGAGAUCAACAAGCAGGUUGGAAACAGAAUCAUCAGGAAGAGGAUCCACGUGCGUGUGGAGCAUGUGCAGCCAUCAAGGUGCACUGAAGAAUUCCGUUUGAGGAAGAUUAAGAAUGACCAGCUGAAGGCCGAGGCUAAAGCAAAGGGUGAGGUCAUUAGCACCAAGAGGCAGCCAAAGGGACCAAAGCCUGGUUUCAGGGUGGAAGGUGCCGUCAUGGAAACUGUUACUCCCAUUCCUUAUGAUGUCGUCAACGAUCUUAAAGGAGGGUACUAGGUUUAAUUUCUGUUUGCUUUGGUCAAUUCUGAUGGACUGGCUUAGCUUAAUCAAAUGUUUCCGUGGUUUCUUUUUACAAAUUUUUGGUCGACUUUCAUGUGCUGCAGUAGAGACUGCUUGGAUUUAUGUCUUAUGAUAUAUGUUAUGUUUUCAAGUACAAUUUUGUGCGAAUGUGGAAAUUAUCUUCGGAGUUACCUACAA